AGUACUUCCAAUGGAAAGUAUCCAAAACACCUUGGCUAAAGUUCCCAUGCAAAGAUUCUGGAAAUCUGCCACCCAUAUAGGUGGCGCUGUUUACGUUUGCCAUUUUCUGCAUCACGCUACCUACUCAUUUUACAGACUUUAAAAAAAAAAGGAGCAGCACAGGAGUGUCUUCAUGUGAAUCCAGCUGCUCACCUUCAAAGUCCACAUUGAGUCAAAGUCCAUUUAUUGCACACCAUUGAAGAAAGGGUUUACCACCUACAACUUGGACUUUGCCAUAGCAAGUUGUAUAAACAUAGAUGGGAACAAAUUCAUUGAUGACCAGCUGAGAGCAGUGACACAAACAGGGUCCUGUUAAGAGAGACUUUCAAAAUCCCCGAGGCAUAAAAGACUAUCUGAGAGUGCGUGCGGACUUCCCACAUGGAGGCCAACGAUCCCGGCAGUGUGCAAUACAAUCGGUGGAAUGAGGACAACAUCAACAUGAACGUGGCGGCGUCACUGCCUCCCAUGACCAGGCUCUACAACAGAACAUGCACUGGCAAGACUGGCAUCGUGGUGAAGGCAGCCGGAGCACUGGUCGCAUUUAUGUUUGUCUUCAUCAUGGGAUACUUGACAGGAUACUACGUCCAUAAAUGUGAAGUCCUUUGAGACUCGUCUGUGAUUUAGGGCUAUAUAAAUAAAAUUGACUUGAUAAAUGCUGAUGGAGCCCAAUAAUACGAAAGAGUUGGAGAGCUGUAUAUCUGUAUUUUCCACAAAACAAUGACAAUCGCAAAGCACAAUAAAUCUGACAUGAAUAAGGAAAGCUCUUGGUAUUCCAACUGUCUAGAGGUUCAUCUGUACAACUGUGCCAAUCACAUAGAAGAAUCUAAAGUUUGCAAGAUAAAAAAACAAGCAUGUGACAACAAUAAUAAAAACAAUGGCACUGCAAAUGUAACAUGCUCAAUUUCCAAACUCACGACUGACUUCAUGAUAUUACACCAAUGGGAUAUGAUCUACUUUCAUUUAAUCUGUUUAAAAUCAUAAAUCAUGGAUCACAAAUUGUAAACUUGUUGCCAUUCAUACAACAUUUUAUACUUUAUGACAUUUAUGUUUGGUAGUGUGCUGUGAGAUUUUCAUUCUAUGUCAAAUGAAAGCCUCGGCUGAAUAAAGUUUACCGUUAAAUGA